CGGGCCUUGUAGGGAGGAUCCGGGAGCAGGUAAACAGAGCGCUCAGGUGUGGCAGGCAGCGGCGGCGGGGCUACGUGCGUGUCUCUGGCGGUCAUUCCUUCACGAUGGUCAAGCUCACAGAGGACAUGGUGGUGGCGCGGUCCAGGGGCUCGGAUAUACACAACGUCAAGAAGCUGAACUGCUGGGGAAGUGAGCUUUCUGAUGUGUCAGUUGUGCGGAAGUUACCAAACGUGGAAGUAUUAUCUCUCAGUGUCAACCGCAUUAGCACAUUGGCUGACUUCCAGUACUGUGCCAACCUUCAGGAACUGUAUAUCAGAAAAAACAAUAUCGCAGACAUAAAUGAGAUACUUUACCUACGCUCGCUCCCCAAACUCAAAAGUCUGUGGCUCGCUGAUAAUCCAUGUGCAGAAUUUGAACAGUACCGCCUCACUGUGCUGCGAGCGCUGCCACACCUUCAGAAGCUUGACAAUGUGGCGGUGGAUUCAGAGGAGGUGCAGAAGGCCAUGGUGUGUGGGAUAUCUCUUCCCUCUUCGGGCAGAGGCGGGGAAGAGAGGGAGAUGCCACGCUCAAGCAGUGUGGGGGAGUCCCUGAAGAGUGAGUCCGGGGGAGGCAGCAGCCUGUCUGAUUGCUCCCCGCCCGCCUCUGAGAGACGCUACUCACAGACCCAUACCAGGGCAUCUCAGCAGGAUGUCUAUGAGCAGUCCUUGGAUGACGGCUAUGAAUACUCUCAGAAUGUGUACGAUGACGACGACGAGGAGCAGCCAGUCGCCCGCCGCCAGCAGGGUUACGGCCACUACGCUGCUGCCGACUCCGAACGAAGGAUCUCCCAACACUCCAACCAGGGUUCCACUCCUCAGCAGCAUUAUGGAGGGAGGAGAACAAGUCACCUGAGGCAGCGAGAGUUAAACUCAUCAAUAGGACACACGCAGUACACACGGAGGCUCCCCAACUCUCAGGCCUCAAGUGGUUACCACAACGCCAACACAAAUGGCCACUACUACCGAGGGGAAGCAGACAGCAGGGAGCGGCACCAUCAGGAGGCUUACUACCAGCCACAGAGUCCAUCACGCCGCAACAGCCAGCUGGUAGCAGAGGAGAACCACGGCGACACUCGCGGGUACAUUACAACACCUGAGUCCUCUUGCACUCACAAUGCUGACAAUGAGUACGACUCACGCAAUGCUAACUACCUGAGCCGGGAGGACACGGCUCCCAGGUACACCAACGGCACUAACAACUUUCCCCCCACCCCAGAUAAUUCUGACAACAGUGCCACUAACAACAACCCACAAUGCCCCCUUCACCGGCGCUUCAGCCAGGAGCCCCGUGACCACCGAUGGUGUGAUGAUGAACGGGAGCGUGCCUACAGCCGUUCCGAUGGCUAUGGCUACUCCUCACCACCCUCAGAGGCACAGCAGCCUUCCCCAGCAAGCUAUGAACAAAGAACAGUGUCCCAGGAUCCUCGCUAUGCUAAGGGGGAAAACAACAGAACAGUGCAAGCAUAUUGUGACAGUGCUUACCGACGGGCUGAACAGCAGAUGGAUUCAGCCACCCGAGCUGUGUCUUCAGAGCGCUCCUCCCCAACCAAGCCAUACCCUGCCCGACCAAAGACCAGGAAUGCCAAUUUGCUGUCAGCUGUCCUUUGUCUGGUUAAGGAGCUGGACUACACCAGCUUGGAGGUGGUGGAGAUGGCGGUGCGUUGUCGUAUGGAAGAGCUUGAUGACUGAGCAUGCAAGUGAAGCGUUCUUUCUCAUUGUUGGUCAGUGCUUUGUCUUGCUUCUUGGGGUUGCUUGAAUUUAGGGUAGCCCCUGGAAAAGCAUGUGAAAUCUGUGCCUAGCAGCUGCAAGGAAUACCUAGCAGGUUUUUAUAUUUUAAUAAAUUUACGAACCUCUGAUUUUGUCAUGAAAAGAAGAAGCAAAUGGUACUUAAUUUUCCUUUAUUUUUUAGGUUGAUUCCCAAACAGUUUAUAGUUAUUAUGAAACAAAUGUCAUUUUGGUUCACAUUGUUUCUAUUAUGCAGAUAUUUAUUUUAUAUCCCCAAGAUGCAGGCUUCCAACUUUGAUCUGUUUUGACCAUACUAGUUUGACAAGGAAUCUCAUACACUAACUGGUGAAGGAUCUCUCAACUCUAACAAGGAACCUUUAGAGCUGCAGAAUCUCUUCCUGGAGUGCAGGAGCUUUCUCUAAGCUGUAGACAAUGUAGGAGGUUACUGGUUUAUGAUUCUCUUGAAGCUUUAACAUUAUGUUCACUCAUAAAAGUACCUUAAUAGAUCUUUUUUAAGUUAACUGUAGUUAAUACAUUCUAAAGUUAAGUUAUGAUGGUUUUUGUUAACAGUACUGGCUGCACACUGGUUUUUACUGUCAGUUUAUAUUUUUUUUAUGUUCAUAAUUUUCUCAUGUACUAAGCAGACAAGGCUGGUGAUAAAAUAAUUUCUUGAGUUCACAGUAGUUGGUGAUUAAGAAAGGAACUCCAAAGUGGGAAAGAUGAAAAUUGGAUCUCCAGUUUGACACUCAGCAUGUGCAUCUAGGAGGAUCAUAUUUCAAUGAAAUGCAUUGAAUAGAAUUCUAAAUGUGGCAGCAUGUACUGUUUUCUCAUGAUUGUUCAAGGAAACAAUAAGGAGAGAUAAUGUAUAACACUUUUGUCUGCAGAUUGAGAGGAUUGUGCAUUUGAAGUUGGGCUCUAAUGUUGUAGAAGGGAAGGUGUGGUGCUAAGAGCCAUUUCUCUAUGUCCUUGUACAAAGCAACAUGGGAAUAUUACAACAAAAUAUAUAACGUGCAUCCAAAAACUAUGUAAGGUUCUGUAUAAGGUUUUGUCCCUUAGGAAGCUGUUUUCCACGUUUUAUCGUCCAUAUGAUUUGUUAUUCUAUCCGGCCAAUUGGAAGUAAGAAUUUAUACACUACUCUAAUGAUUAUAUAGUUUCAACUCAAGUGUGCAAUUGCUAUUUUAAUUUAUACUUCAUAAGUUUGCAAUAAUAUAUUGUCAUCUAUUUUAUUGAAUUUUCAGAAAGGUUGACACAUAUAAUACUCUACAGUUUACUUGUCAGUUGAUGUGUAGCCUGAGCCAGACUUUGAGAGUGAUUUGAAGAGUGGAAGUCUCCAUCACUUGGCAAGAGAGAAACUAGAAGGCUCAGGCUUGUGUGCUUCAGGUGAACACCACAAGUGUAUUACAUUGCUCUCGUCUUGUAUCAAGAUUAAAAGGUAUAUUUUAUCUGGAUGUUUUGUCUUAAAAAGGUGAUAUUUUACUGUACCAGUGUCUGUUUUAGUGAUAGACUCUUGCCCUGUGCUGCUGACCUAACUGGUUGUUUUGUAGGUUGUAAGGAUUCUACAUUGAUAACUUGAAUAUUGUGGCACCAGAUAUUUACUUUCUGCACUUUAUCUCUUUUAGUUAUAUAUGAUUCACUGCAGACCUUUUUCUUCUGUCUUACCUUUAAAUUCUAAGACGGUUUUGACAAAAAGCAUUCUUCUACAGAGAUAUGAAGUCAGAUGUAUCACAUUUACUCUUUGUGCUAGUAAAAGUAAAUAGUAUUCAUGUCAGUGUGAAGUUUGAUAUAGGAAACAAAUACUAAUCUAAUAUGUUUUAGAUCUUGUAGGAAAAGUAGAAGGAAGUAAGAGAGGAAAGGAGAAAAAAUGCUAAUGGAGAAUAAUCCAUAGAAAAUGGACAUGACAUGUAAAAACUUCACUUGUUUAGACUUCAGCUUUAAUCUUAAUUCCCUUUAUUUAGUAUCAAUCAUAUUUUGAAUUAUAUAAGUUAGGAAAGGAGGAACCAAAAUUUCUGUAGACUGUGCAAUCAUCCAUUCUGUGUCUAAACCAACAAAGAGUAUUCAAGUAACCCUAUCAGACCCUCCCUCUAGUAAUGUCAUGUUAGUGCUAGAUACAAUCAAUGGAUCAGUCCAGAUAAAUCUGUACUUGCAGGAAACUUUGACUCAUUUUAAAUCAUCUAAGUCUGCAGCAGUAUUUUUCUAAUUUAGUAUUCAAAUAUUUUCAUCAAUUAAUUAAUAAUUAAGAAAAAAAACUUGACUAAUGCAUUGGAAAGUGUUUACAUUAAUCAAGGCUACCAAGCAUUCAGCUGUUGCAGUUUUCUACCCUAACAUACAGUCUUGAUUAAUUCCAAACUCUUUAUUUAUAAAUCAGCUUUAUGUUAUCCCUUUACUGUUGUAGUUAUUACCCCCCCAAUUUUUUUUUUUUUUUUUUUUAUUUAUUUAUUUUUUUUUUUACAAAGUUUUCUUGAAGCUGUUUAUCAAUAUGAGUUGGGACCAUGAAUGUGAGAAUUUCAUUUGUCAUGUUUUAUGCAAAGUAUGUAUAGCAAGUUGCUUUUAUAGAUACCAUGAACUGAGGACUUUAUGAAAGAACUUUUUUUAGCAUUGUUCUACAUGCAAUAGUUUGGUUCAGUUAUUGGCAGAAAAUUUUAGGACAUAUUUUCCAUAGAAACGACUUAUGUUACAGAAAAGCUCUUUAGCUUACUACUCGGUGCUUCAUUGGUGUGUAGUCAACGAAGUACAGAAGACAUACAAGUUGCAAUAUGCAUAUAACCUUAGUUCAUACAAUUGUAAGUGAUGGACUUACAGUUGAAGGAAAUAAAUUCAAGGAAAAUAUGAAUUCAUGUGUUGGUUGAAUUUCAGGUAUACAUUGUUGUGCAUUAUUAGAAUCUAAAACCAUAAUAGAUGGAGCAAAGAAGACAAAAAGUUGCAUUGUUGUGGGAAGACUUCAUUGUGAUGAACAAACUGAAAUGAAAUGGAUAUGUCAAGUAGAAAUACCUAUUUUAUUUUAUUUUUACUUUGACAGUCUUGAUAAUUUCUUUAGUAAUUGUAUUUGUGACUAUCAUAAUAGAUUAGUACCCAAAUUAUUCUUUACAAGGAUCAAGGGUAAUGAGAUAAUAUUUCUCAGUAGGGACAGUGAUGUGAAAUUACUCCAAGAGUUGAGUGAUUCCUAUGUUUUAGAAUGUUAGCUAGACCUGAGUCACAGGGCCAGUCACAAUAAACUUCCCCUGGAGAGACUGGGCUGUGGCUGUGGAAGGGGCCAUGUUUAAUGAGUUCUGCUCAGAAAAAAGUCCAUCAAUAGAAUAUGCUUUUUGCUUAUCUCAUUAGAUCUUUAGAUAAUUUUGUUAAUUGUUUCUCUUGUUUUAUGACAGCAAAUCCCUAUUUUCUUUCAGCUAAAUAGAUUUUAUUCCAUAAGAAUUAAAUUUGUUUGAUUAAUGAGAUGUGUGAAAACAUAGAAAUAGGUUAAUGUGAUUUAAAGUUUGGUUCAAAUUUCAUUGAUCCGUAAUAGGUUCCUGUAUUUUCGUAUGCAUGUUGCUUGCUUACAUCGAUGAGUGAACAACUUAUUGCUGAUGCAGCCCAAAGUGGUUGAUUUGAAUAUUGAUUAGUCUCAUCAUUUUGAAUGAUGUGAAUUGUUGAAAAUAUUUAUAUAUUAUCACAACUGUGGAAUGUAUAAUUUUAUGGAUUUUUUUUCAUACUAAUUCUUAAGAUACAGUGAUACUGAAAUUAAAGAAGAAAACUGCUGUUCCUAUUCAAAUCAGUGACAAAAUAUACAUUGGUGUUAGGUAUCUACUUUAUUAACUACAUCAAAUAUAACUAAUUCUUAAGGAACGUCCUGCCUGUUCUUAUAGAUAUGCAGCAUUGGUGUCAACUUGAGGGAUGGUGCCAGGCCAGCCCCGUGGUGGGCCUGAGUUACCCUCCCUUCACAGAAAGAGAAACUCAGAUGUGAAACUUGAGUUACUUUAUUGUAAUCAAAACUUUUCAAAAAUCAAUUCUUUAUUAAAUUGUUAUGUCCUUACAUUUUUACUUAUGUUUAACCAUACUGUUUACUAAUUAUAUUAGUGUAUGGUAAUUUUUAUUAUUAUGGUUAUUAUUAUUGUUAAUGUUAUUACAUGUUUAAUGCAGUAGAGUCACCUGAAUCUUAAUAAUUUUUCUUCUUUGUCUCAAACCGGGUCGUGUGAGGAGGCAGCGGGGCCACACCGGCCUCAGUCAAGAGGAUGCUGAAAAACUUUCUCUUACCUGUAGCAAGUUUGAUCUGUGAUUUUAUAGUGUAAGUGGUGAGAACCGUUAUCAUGAAGAGCAUGUACAACUUAGCUGACUAGCCGCCACACCCGCUUCUAGUGUUUGGAUUCUGAAUACAGUAGAAGGGACAAUGUGCAUUUUUUAUUUUAAAGUAGUGCAUUAUUUAUUACCAUUGAAUUGAUAUACAUUUUUUUUUGCAAAACAAGGAGGCAAAUGCUCUCCACCCUUGGUAGUCAUGUAUAUUUGGAGCAUUGUGUCGAGUUAUUUUAAAGAUUGCCAGUUGCUAAAGUGUAUGAGUGGCGAGGAGCUCCCAGGAGGAGGACCACAGCCUAAAGUUUUCAACGGAGCCUCAUUGGGCACCAAGGGAAAAUAUUGGAAAGAUGUUGGCAUGAAAGACCUCCACAGUGCACCCUUGUUAGUUGGUGACAUUCAUAACUAAUCAUUUAACAAACUCACGAUAUCAAGAAUCUCUUUUAGGGAAGUUACGUGGUGGGCUUACAGCAACAUUCGUAACUUUCAGGUUUUAAGUAUCCAUUAAAUAUGUAUUAAUGUAAUGCUGGUCAAAAUAAUCGUGAAUAAAACUAAUAUUGGCUG